AUGCGGCCAUUCAUGCUAUCUUCCCGUCUCUCCGCUGUAUCCCCUCCCCUCGUAUCUUUCCCCGCAUCCCCCGUAAUUCUCACUGCGCAGCUGACUCCUCAAUCCUUCCGCCACCCUCUUCCGCCAAUGUUGCCCCCUUCAAUCCGCGUCCUGAAUCCCCGCCCCUCUGCGCAAGUGCCAAACCGCGCAAUUUUCCGUCUCCCGGCUGCGCGCGGCGGCGCGCAGAGGGCAUACAGCGCGGGAGCAGGAGGCGGCGAUGGAGGAGCGGAGGGGGAGUCCGGCUCCCCUGAAUCCGAGGCGCGGCGGCUUGCGCUUGACGACGCGGUGCGGGCGGAGAUGAAGGCUCGCUCGGAGCUCGCGCUUGCGGCGAUGGUGGAAGGCUCCGGUGGAGCGUCUGCCGCGGCGGGAUUCGCGCAAGGAAGCGCCCCGGACGCGCCUGGGAACGCGGCGGGAGAUGCGGGAGGGAACGGCGGCGCUGGUGACGGCGGCGCGUGGAAGUGGGCGGUUCGGAAGGGCGUGUGGGACGAGCUUGAGGCGCGUGACGUCGCGCGACCACCGCGCCCCGUGCACCACCGGAUUCCCAACUUUGAAGGGGCGGACAAAGCUGCUGCCAUGCUCGCAUCAUUACCGGAGUUCCAGGCAGCAGGGUGCGUGAAGGUCAACCCCGACACGCCUCAGAAGGCCGUGCGCCUCGCGGUGCUGGAAGCCAACAAGCUCCUGCUGACCCCGCAACCUCGCCUCCGCACUGGUUUCUUCUCGCGCCUCUCUGCCGCCCACAUACUGCCCGACCAGCUGCUCGCCGCCUGCACGGCGGCCGGCGUGGCUCGGCACGGAGUGCCGGUGGCACUAGAGGACAAAGUUGGCGUGGAUAUGGUGGUGCUGGGGUCCGUUGCUGUUGACCCCACGACUGGUGCCAGGCUGGGGAAGGGCGAGGGCUUUGCAGAGUUGGAAUAUGGCAUUCUGAGGUGGAUGGGGGCGGUCACAGACGACACCCCUGUGGUUACCACUGUACAUGACUGUCAGUUAGUUGCAGCAGGAACCAUCCCCACCAGCAAGCUGAGGCAGCACGACCUGCCUGUUGACAUCAUCUGCACGCCCACUCAGAUCAUCCGGGUUUCCAGCAAGAUUCCUAAACCCUCAGGCAUCUACUGGCACCUACUCUCCCCCCAAAAACUAGCUCAGAUUCGCAUCCUGCAGCAACUGAAAAGCACCCUUGAAGCACAGACAGGCGCCGCCCUCCCGCUGGGACCAGACGAGGAGCUGCCGCCCGUUGCCGCUCGGCACGGGAAGGGGGGCCAGGGAAAGGAAGGGGGAAAGGGUGGGGGGGAGGUGGGGGAGAGAGGAGGGGUGGGGAGGGGGAGGGGGGGGAGGGAGAGGGAGAGGGGAGAGCAGGGGAGGGGAGGGGAGGCGGAGUGA